AGCUAACAAAUCAACGCCAAAGUAUUAUACAUAUCUAAUCUCUCAAAUUCAAUCCUUUCCAAUUUUUAAAACACAUAAUCAUAAAUAAUCCACCAUAUUCCAAAACUAGUAAACCCCAAUUAAAAUUACCAAUUCUUCUUCUUCUUCUCUACUUAACAAUCUAAUCUUAACAAUUCUCUCCCGAAAUUCAAGCUUUUCUCUCUUCAACAUCCCCAACAAAAAAAAAAACUUUUUUUUUUCUUUCUCUCCAAUUUUUUUUCCUCCCCAUUUUUUUUCUCUCUCUAAAAAAACACCCAAAUUUCCACAAAAAAAAUCAAUCUUUUUUUUCUUCUUCUUGUCAAAACUCUACAAAAUCUGUAAAAUCCCCUGUUUUUGAUUACCCCCCUGUUUUUCUUGGGAAGAAAACAGGGGUAAGGUGGGGUUUUUAACCCACCUUCUCUUUCUCUCUCCUCCCAACCAAAAAUAAAAAUCCACCCUUCAUGAGAAACAAAAAAUUGAUCAUAAAAAAAUCCCAAUCUUUCAAUGAAAUCUACCACAACCACUACAUUUGAUGUUUCCGCCGUCGUCGCCGCCGUCUCUUCUCCUUCAUUAUUCUCUCCCUCUCCUACGCCGGCGUUUUUUCCGGCGAGAAAAUUAAGUCAUUUGACAUUUCCAAGUGUUCCUGUAAUAGAUACUUCCUUUGAUUUAAUCACCAUUGCUUUAAUCCUCUGUUUUUUCUUUCUCUCUCUUCUUUCUCUCUCUUUUAUUCUACACCUUAGGAUUAAAUCCCGCCAUUUUUUAAAGCUUCAAAACUUCUCUCUUCACUGGACCCCACGUUUUCUGUUGGUAGUUAUGCUUUUUCUUUGGUCUAUUAACGAACUUUUUCGUUUACCUAUUUUUAGAAAGAGUUUUAUUUUUCCAUUUUUACCCUCACUUUCUCUUUCUCACCAAACCCAAUUUUGUAAAUUCCAUCUUAUUUUAUCAUUCGGGUUAUAUGAACCCGGAUUCUUGGUGGUUCUUUUGUUUUUGGUUAAUAUUUCUACCAAAAAACGGAGCCCCGGUAACUUGUGGGCUAUCGGGUUUGUUGCAAUUACGUGUUUACCCUUGGUGGUGGCGCUAUAUUUAGCUGUUUAUGUUUUACCCGGACGGUUAUAUUUACCGCCUGUUUUUUACCGUAGCUCGGUGUUGUUAAAGGAUGAAAAUUACGGGUCUCAUAUUGUGUAUUGCACAUACCCUUUAUUGGCUAUUGUGAUUUUUGGUGCUUUUGGUGUGGUGUACAUACUUGUGUUUUUGGCAAAUUGUUGGAAAAUCGUUGCGAUUGUUAUCAACAAGCGCCUUAAAUCGCGUGUUAAUGUGCUUGUUGGGACGGUUGUGGUGUGCCUCGGGGCUCAAAUAUUGAUGUUGACAAUAACUGCGUUUUGGGUCCCAGAUGAUGUUUUGUAUUACGUUUUUGUCCUUGUGAAUUUUGCGAGUUUUCUAACAUGUGGAGCUGUAGCUGAGGGUAUUUUGGUGAUUAUGCCGACUACCGACUCGCUUAAAGAAGCGAGUGAUAUAAGAGAAGAAGGGAUCGAUGAUUUAGACGAAUGUGUUUGAAAGGGUAAAUUGGAUAUUUUAAUUGGUUAUAAUUGAGGGCAUUUUCGUCUAUUUGUGAACAAGAUGGAAACGGCCACGCGCGCAGCACGGAGAUAAUUAUAGAUUUGAAAGUGAGAGUAAUGGUGAAACAUGCAUAAAGUUUGAGGAUUGAUGAUUAUGAGAAAUAAUGUUGUGUGAUGUUUUGAUGAUCCUACAUUAUAAUGAUCUUCUCUUCAUCCUUUGAAAUCACUUGGUUACUUAUCUUGAUGUGAGGAAAGAAGUCUAAAUCUUACAAUUGGAUACAUUAUCAAGCAUGGCUCAAUGAUGAUGAUCACCAAGUAUGGUGCUUCAAAAUACAAGGUUCUCCUGGUUCGGUACUUGGACUCUAGGAAGAUAGCUGACAAUACAAUCUAACAUACUUUGGAUGUCAUUCGUGAGGCAGCCUCGACGCUACAUUGGUGCCAUCUAAUGAAAGUCAACAGGAAUCAAGUCCAACAGGCUCAUACUAUAGCUAAUAGUUGUCGUAUGCAUAGAUUACAUUUAGAUUAAUUGUUCAGUACGUUGCUUUGAUGUAAAAAAAAAAUAAAAAAUACAAGGUUCAUGAAAUGAACAUCUAAUUAUUGAAUUACGGUGGAAAAUGAUAUAUCCAUGGCCGCAAAGAAAACAUUAUUUGUUUAAAACUUAUUAAUUGAGAUUUAUCAAUAAUCUUAGUUCUUACCCAUUGGAAAUGUUCAAUCCCAUUAGCCCAAGAGAUACCACAGACUACAGCAUGACAUGCGCUCUAAUACACAGAUAUAUUGAAUGUUUCAAUGUCCUAUACAUGAUGAGCUAUAUUUUGUAAUUGUAAGACUAUCAUACUUCUUACAGGAACUUGUCACCACUA